AUGGGGCGCGGUGCACUUGAUAACACAGAUGCUUCUCAGCCAAGUUCUUCCGCAGCCGCGAGUGCAAUCGACGCUCACCACGCCGAACAAGCCUACACCAAGCUCGAGGACGUUGCCGUUUUGCCAGUUAGUGACAAUGACGUGCCGGAUCCCAUACAGUUUCAGGCCGCUGAGCUGUUCGCCUCAGAAAAUGCAGAAGACCUGGUGAUCGAUGACCAAGGUUUCAUUCGUAAGAAUGAUGAGAUCUCUCGCUGCGUCACUGGUCAGUACACCAUACAUCUGUCGCGUAAAGUCAUCUCCGAUUACUUCAGCUGCAUGUUUUCUUGCAGCACUGAUACGUCGAACCUCAUGCGCAACAAGCAAGCGCCAUGA